GAUUAAAAUAAUUUGAACUCAAACGAAAAAAAUGUUAAAAUAAUUCGAAGAAAAAGAAAAGUGGAAAAAUAAAGAAAUGGGAGUUUGGUUUUUUGUUCCCUCUCGUUCGAACAUCAAAACACACUCUUCCCGUAAAAGUCUCUCUCUCUAUCGCAGAUAGGUGCUUUGUCUCCUUCUUCGAUUACUCCGAUCACCUAAAAACUCUUUCCUUUUCUUCAAAGCAUUUCUCUUUGGUUAAAGAAAACACACAUAGCUUAGUUGCUUCAUUAAAAAAAACUUCAGAUUUCUAGGUACUUUUUCCAAAUUUUCCCCCUUCAAGAUCGAGUUUCAGAUCUGGGAUUCAAUAAUUAGGGCUUUUGAUUCUGCAUUGUCGAUGACGAAUUGGGGUUUCAAUGUAAAGAUCUGAGGAAAAAGUUUCGAUCUUUAGAUUUUGACUUGGAGGUUUCUUCGAUUGCUGGAUUUGAAGAAGAUGGGGAAAAAACUUGUGGGUCUUGUGGCAAUGAUGUAAUUUUAGCAGAAAUUUGUUUGCUUUUGAGAAGAAGAUGGGAUCUGGUCGGAGCAAAUCAUGUCUAGGCUCGUCGCUGGCAGCGAGAGAAGUUUCUGACGUGGCUCAACCUCCUCCGUCGUCUUCUAGUGGUGGUGGAAGGAGGAGAAGAUCAAAGAGUCUUUUUUGUGGUCUUCACUCUUCUUGUCUUGCUUCAUCUUCUACUUCUCAUGAUAGUGACGAUGAUAAUGAUGAACAGGUGUGUAAUGGAUGGAUGAGGAAGAGUCAUGGAAGUGUUUCACGGCGUAGAAUGGAGACAAGUAGAGAUGCAUCUGAUUGCUAUGAUAAAGAAUUGAAAGAUGAGAAGAAAUCUGAAAACGAAACACAUUGUGAUGAGCUUGAGCUUGAAGAAGAAGAAGAAGAAGAAGAAGAGGAAGCUAAUGUAAGCAAUGUACAGAGGGGAAAUGUUAGUGGUUCGAUUCAAGAAUCUUCUACUCCAGGUCGAGUUUUUUCGCAUUUUAAAUUCAUCCCUGGUAACAUAGGCUCUAGACUUACCAGAGCAUCAAGCUCAAGAUUUUUCAACACUACUUAUCCGGUCUCUUCUUCUCGUCAAGAAGAAGGUGUUACUUCACCUUCAGAAUCUGCUAUUAGGCUCAUUGAUAGAGUUGAGUCUCCGAUAAUUCCUGUGAUUGACAAUGUAGUUAGAGAUAUUGAUGCCAUGAGAUUUGGGGAAGAUGGUAGCUUACGUUCUCCGAGAGUAGUUAAUGGUAUGGACAGUAGUUAUGCUGGAAUUCUUGAUAGAAGACAUGUAGUUCGGGAGCCUUCCAUUGAUCGGAAUGUUAGAUUUAGCAGAACUCUGAGUGUUGGAAGACUCCGUGACAGAGUUCUUCGCCGAUCUUCACUCUCUGAUUUCGCAUUCCGUCCCUCGCCACAUCGGGGAGACGAAGAUACUGAUCUCUUCUCUGCUGAAACCGCAGCAGCAGAGGAUGCUCCUGUGACUUCAACGUCUAUACUAAAUCGAUCCGCUUCUAGCAUUCGAAGGACCUUAUUUGGCAUUCAAGAUCACGAGACACCAGCUCCUCUUGUGAGAGAAGGGAGGUAUCAAGGUUUAUUAGAACACAGAUCAGAUUUCCUUGAAAGGAGGAGGAGAAUAAGAUCGCAGGUUCGCGCUCUUCAAAGAUUAGGAAGCCGGUUUGAGAAUGUCGCAGUCCAUCAUGAUAGAUCUUGUGUCUUAUCAGGUCAAGACCAAGCAGGUCGUUGCACAUGCCGUGCAGUUACUAACCGUGGCUCCACAACAGCAACAACCGACGAAACAAAUGCAAGAGCUAGCAUCUCGAGGAUAGUAUUGCUAGCUGAAGCUCUCUUUGAGGUUCUUGAUGAAAUUCAUCAGCAAUCGGUUGUCUUAUCCUCUCAACAACCAUCAGUAUCAUCUAUAGGAUCUGUUCCUGCACCUAACGACGUUGUGGAUUUAUUACCGAUAAAACUUUACACCAAGUCACAAAGCGAGGAUCCGUCACAAUGUUACAUAUGCCUUGUGGAAUAUGAAGAAGCCGACACUAUAAGGACACUUCCUUGUCAUCAUGAAUUCCACAAAACCUGUGUGGAUAAAUGGCUCAAGGAGAUUCACAGAGUGUGUCCGCUAUGUCGAGGAGAUAUUUGUAGACAUGAUCCAUCAUUGGAACAACAUUGAUUACAGUCUUAUAGACAUAAUGCUGAAAGAUUUUGAUUCUACAAGAGACCAGGAACAUUCAUCGGUUUGUGCCUGCAACUGAAUCAAAAAUGUUGUGUUUUGCUUGUUGUUUGUAGCUUACACUGGAAAACAAAAUUCAUACUUUAAAAGAUGUAAACUUAUGAACCAAAUUGAUCCAGCAUAUCUGUAAGAAAUCAAGUAAAUCCAUUUAUUGUUGUGUGUUUCAUGAGCACCUUUGUUUCUG